UUCAGGUAAAGUCAAUAAACUCAGAUUCCAUCUUGCCGCUGCCUCCCGCAACAUCUACUUAUGGUACAGAAACUUAUAUACAAGUUAUGUGGUGGUUUAGUUUUCACCACAUUCAUUGAAACAUUUCAUAUAUUUAAAAUUGGGAGAAACAAUGCGGAUACUAGCAUUUUCUGCACACUAAAACAGAAUCUUGUUCCUGCAGCCAAAGCUUCACUUACUGGACCAAAGGUGAAAGAUGUCAGAAUCCUUGUACAGGCUCAUUGAUGAAGAUAGUUUGAACUAAAAUGAAUGUCUUUUUCAGUUUAUUCACAAAACAAGACUGCUCAUGUAUGACAAAAACAACAUAAAUGCUGAUCCAUAAAAUAUAGAUCUUAGUCCCUUACUAUUUCUGUUGUUCGAGCAUUUCAAAUAGUCUCAGAUAAUUAAAAUAGUUUAAUUACAAGUGCUUUUUGCACGACUGCCAACACUCAUUUACAAGAUAAAUAAAAUUUAUCUUCCAAAAGAAAUUUCUGUUCAACUACUGCUCAAAUCUGCACACAGCAAGCACAAAUAUUACCCUGUUAGGUUUUCUAUCGAUGAGAUUUUAACUGGAUUUCUGCUGCACAGUAGAAUACCACUCGGAAAGACAAAUUAUUUUUUUCAGAUGUAAAUAUAGCUUGCAGUUGCCACUGUCAGAAUGUGACUGUGUGCACUGCAGAAGUUCUCGACUUAUCAGCACCCACAAACAUAAUAAAGUUGGCUGCAUGUGCAGCUAAGCACUUGCCAACGUGCAGCAGAAACAUGAGCAGCCUACUGCCCCUGACUAAUCUAUCCUCUUAUCCAUCAGCCUUCUGUGCUGCACCCUAUCAAAUGCCUUUUCAAAAUUAAUAAAAAUGGCAUCCAUCAGUUUCCCAACAUCCACCAAUUCUACUAGGUCAUUCAGUAGCUCAGCCAUUUGUUUCAAGAGCAACUACCUACUCCUAAAACUAUGUUGUCUCUCACCCAUUCAACCAAAUUAUAAUCUUUACAUCACCAUUACACAACAUAACAUUCUUCUAAAAGUGCUCAGUAGAUUGAUAGCUUAGGGAUUACACGCAAUGCUGAUAGAAGUGUUUUUAGAGUGACAAAGGUCAAAUAUUUAGGGUUUGUGUUAUCAUCUGAGGGCAUUAUCGUAGAUCCUGAAAAAGUGGGUGCUCUUAAAAAAAUCUGGAAAUUAAUUUUUUUUAACUUGCUGACAUUUUCUUAACAUAAAUGUAAAAUGGCAAAGCUAUAAAUGAAUUAUUUUCUAGUACACCGAUAUUUUUUUGAUAAUUUAAGCGAUUUUUCUGUUACUGUUUUGAAAAAUAGUUGUGAAAAAAACUCUGAAUACUCGGAUGUUUAAAACAACGCAUAUUGUUCAUGGGUAGUAUGUUCAUAGAAGGAAAUUAUUUCUUUCAUGUUGAAUAUUUUGAACAAGAUUUUUGCAUAUUGUGGGUGUUUGUAAAUCACUUAAAGAUUCUUUGUAUUUUGUAGAAUUGGUGGUUGAUUUUAUAAAUAUGUGUUUCAGAGGUUAGUUUUUCGCAUGUGUUGGUGAUUCAUGAUAAAAAUAAAGUUUUAUUGGGUUAGGUCAGCUACAUUAAUAAAACUUAUUUACUAUGUAAUGCAUACAUAACAUAUGAUUAAUGUAUAGCUAUCCAAAUCAACCCUUCACAUGUUUUUAACAGUAUUUUGAAUUCAGUUAACCUAACUGACCAUUAAUAUUGUCUUUCCCGGAAUAAACUUUAAUGAAAAAUUUACCAACCCCAGAAACUGCUGAAUCUCUUUUGUAGAAGAUGGUUGGGGGAAUUUUUUAAGAUCUUCCAUUCUCUCUGGAUAUGGAAUUGCCCUUAGAUGAUAACACAAACCCUAAAUAUUUUACCUUUGUCACUCCAAAAACCUGUUAGCAUUGGGUGUAAUCCCUCAGAUAUAAAUCUACUUAACACUUUUGGAAGUAUGUUCUGUAUUGAUAAAGGCAAAAAUUAAAAUGUCAUGAACAUGAAAAAUGACGUUUGAGAUACCCACAAAGACCUCCAAUAUUUGUUAGAAAAAUAUUUACGAGUAGGUACACGUUUAAUCCAAACAGUAACCGUUUGAGCACAAAUCUUCUGAACGGAGUAAUGAAUGUGAUAAGUAAUUAGGUUUUUACAAAAUUGAACUUUAUAGGGAAAGCGAAGUUCACAUCAAUCUUGAUCAAAUACUUUGUACCUUUCAGCUGAGCACAUAUAGGUUAAAUGCUUGUGAUAGGAAAAUGAGGAUGAUUAACAUUGUGAUUUAACUCUAUGUAAUCUCCACAAAUAUGACCUGAGUCACCUCUUAGGGACUACCACAAUAGGCACCACCCAUUCUGUUUGUUCAGUGUUUUGUUCAAUUGUGUCUAACUGAAUUAAGCUGACCAAUUCCUUUUGAAGAUUUUUAAGUAGCGGAAUGGGUACAAAUAUUGGAACUGAUCACAGAUAAGGAUUUGAUUUUUGCAGAAAAUACAGUAAUAUAAAAUAUGGUUCCAACACAAGAAAACCAGACAUGAGUCCACAGGUACUCGAAAGAAAAAUGUUGGAACGUUUUAAUUCUCUACGGAGAACUUGCGAAGUUUCAAGAAAAACUGAAGCUUAAAAUCCUCAAUCAGGAGUAUUGUGAAUAUUUUUCUGCUAUUUUUUUUUUAAUCUUAAGGAGAAAGUCCUUACUCCAUUAUAUGUUUAAAAAAAGAUAAUGGCAAUUUUCAACUUACGGAAUAAUGACUCUUGUGAAGAACAUGUUUUUCUUAACAGUGGCCUUUAUGCUUCUUGUGAUAUAUUUUGUUUGGUCAUCGCAAGGAAAAUUAGUAAACAGAAAAUUUUUUCACGAAGAGAAUGGUUUAAUUUGCCAUCUAUUGCUUGAGGAUACAAGAUACUUGAAACGUGUGGAUUCACCUAUAAUUUACUUUGUGACACCAACUUACCCAAGACGAGAGCAAGCAGCAGAAUUGACGAGACUAGGUCAAACAUUAAUGCAUGUAGCCAAUCUUCAUUGGAUUGUUGCAGAUGACAGCCGAAUUUGUAAUUCUAUGUUGACUCAUCUUUUGCUAAGGUUUGGUAUUCCAUUCACACAUCUUGCAAGUCCUAUGCCUGAAAUAUAUCGGAAAAAAAGUGUGGUUCCUAGAGGUGUUGCCAACAGAAGAGCAGCACUAUCAUGGAUCCGAAGAAGUGCUAAUUCUGGAGUUAUCUAUUUUGGUGAUGAUGACAACACUUUUGACCUAAGAUUAUUUGAUGAAAUUCGGUACACAAAAAAAGUAUCCAUGUUUCCUGUUGGACUGAUUGGUGAUUAUUCAGUCAGCUCACCAGUUUUGAAGGAGGGAAAAGUUGUAGGAUUCUUUGAUUCAUGGCCAUCAAAACGUAUGUUUCCUGUUGACAUGGCAGGGUUUGCUGUUAGUGUGAAACUAUUGUUGGAGCAUCCAAAUGCAACAAUGCCAUUCAAAGCUGGUUAUGAAGAAGAUGAGUUCUUGAAAAGUUUGGAAGUAAAUCUAGAAGACAUAGAGCCAAAAGGAAAUUUUUGCACAAAGAUAUUAGUAUGGCACACACAAACUGCAAAGAAACCAGUACCGACAAUCAAGAUAGGACAUAAUAUUGAUGGAAACUUAAAAGACCUGUUAGAAGAGCUUCAUUUCCUUGGAAUGGCAGAAAAAAGCAGCAGCAAAGAGGACUUCAGUUUGAAUCCUGGUCUGGCCAUCACUUCUGACAAUUGCUGGAGUGGUGGUUCCUUACAAGAGUACAUAGAUGAUUCCUUCUCCAAUAACCCAUUUUUAUUUAGUUGUGUGCUAUUGUCUGUAAAUUACCUUGCAUUUGAAAAAAUAUGUUCAGCCCAAGCAUGUCGUUUUUAUGGAUUUUAUCCAUUUUCCUGGAUAUUUGAAGAGUAAAACAGAUUGGCAGAAAAACAGCAACAUUCACUGUUAUUUACCAUGUUUGGGCCGGUAUUUUCGCAUUAAAAUUAUGUUCCUGUAUAUUACAUUUUACUUCGCUAUUAAUUAACAAGUAGAUGUCUGACAGUGUACAACUACCAUUACGUGUGGCGCCAUGACACUUCCAAGCUUUAUAUCAGCAGAUGAAAAACAUUUACCCAAUGGCACCAUUUCACCCAAGCACUGAAGUACAGCAAUACCUAUGGUUGUGAGGUAAAUGUUUUUGGUAUGUUGAAAGAUUAGAAAUGUCAUGGCUAUACUCUGUAUUUUAAUUAUUUGCUGAUUCAGAGUUUUUGACACCAUGUUGUUUCAACUUGUUUAUAUGCCUUUUAGAUGUGUUAUGAUGGUGAAAAAACUACAGUCAUCACCAAAUGAAUGUUUGUAAAAAUAAAGUAAUUGUUAAAAUUCUUAGCAGUUGUUUAAAUGGUUGAGGCUUAUCAAAACAAAAUGUUCAACCAUCUUGUUUUCCUGAAAUUCUGAACAAACUUGACGGUGUGUUGAAAGAUCUUCAGCGGCAUGAAAAUAUGUACAUGUUGUUCAUAUGGCAAUCCACAAUCUGCGUAGCAAAGUUUUUUGAUACUUUUUUUUGCCUUAAAACCGGACAGCAAAAUGACUGAUGCAAAAAAACCUGUUACAGGAAAACUUUGUGUGCACGAAAAAUAGAAGGACUUGCCAAUGAUGAUUGCCUUGUGCAUUGUAGAAAGCUAAAAUCUAAAGCAUGAUGACAAUAUAUAUUUUUCUUUUGAACUUGUUAGUCACAGAUUGGGGGAAAUAAGU